AUGGUACAAAACAUAGAGUUAAACAACCGAAAAAAAAAAAAACAGGUUUACUCGGGCGCUCGAUGCGACCGGGAGUCCUGCAACGGCAUCGUCGACGUCACGAUCGGCGGCGCGUCGUCUGGCACUAUACGCUCGCACCCCGCCGGCGCGUCGUCUUACGCGCCCUACUCGCGGUGUGGCUGGCGCGUUGACCUAGGCGGCGUCGACGACAACGUCGACGACCGCGACGACCAAAAUCGCGUCGUGGUGCUGACGUUCGUAAGGGCGGGACCGAGCUGCCGCUCCUGGCGGGGUACUGUGUGGAAAUCAAAAAUUUACGGAGCGUUCUGCCGCAUGCUCGUCGAGAAUGGACUUAGUGAAGAUUGCACCCGACGCACUGUUUGAUUUCCACACAGGCGGGGUACGCGCCGGGCACGAACGCGACGCACCACCUCGCGAUCCAGAAGAAGGCCAAUUCGAACCUCGCCGUCGCCUUCGGCCGCACGUCUUCCGCGUUGCUCGACUCGGCGAGGAGGCCGCGGCCGGACCCCGAGGACGGGUCGAACGGCUCGAGCCGCACGACGCCGACGCCCCGACAACUAGAUCCCUGA